AGCCAUGGAGGAGCGUGGAGCAACCAAGCGAAAGCGGAAGAGGGCAGAGUAAAACAGCAGCAGACUACCACAGGUUCAGGACAUGAGGCAGGUGCUACAGAUAAGGGGAAGGCAGCGGCGCAGUCCAAUCUGUGGCCCAGCAUCUCAUCGUAUCUGCCUGCCACACUCGGCGAACUGCUGCCGUCAGCCGUCAACACUUACAUUGUGCUCAUCCACGUGUAUCUUGCAUGCAGCACCGUGGUUCUCAUCCUCUGGUCGCUGGGCGUGUCUCAGUCACGCAUCAUGCACUACCUGCACCAGCAGCUACUGGCAGGCAGAACCACCCUCCUCGAGCUGAAGAAACACGCCCUUGAUUCUAUGGCACACAUCAUAUCCUGUCUGCAUCAGCAUCUACUGGCAACCAGGACAACCUUUCUCAAGCUGAUGAAUGACGCACUUGAUUUCAUGGCCACUCGAGGAACCUCCUUUCGCCAAGCUACCAGGCAUGUGUUCGCUGCUAAACCUGGCAUGGGAGACUCAGCAACAGAAAAUGCAGAGCACCUUGGAUUGGCCCGUCAGAUCGACAAUCUGACGGCUGAAAUGAACUCCAAGAUGAACAGCAUGAUGCAGCUGCUGCAAACAGUGAAACGGGAGGUGGAGGCGGGUAGGCGGGUAUCGCAGAGUGAGCCAAACGAGGAGGGAACGUGUAACAAUGGGCUGGAUGGGCUGCAACAUUCCAGCAUGGAGGAGAGGCAGGUGCAGGCAGAGGCAUGGGAGGAAGAGGGGCAUCCGCUGCAAGGGUUAUCUGAGUCUGGGGUACGUAUGCUUGAAGAGAUGUUGGAGGAAUGCAGAAUGCAGAUGAGGAUGAUCAGAGUUUUGAAAGCGAGGAGGGAGAUGGUGGAUUUGGGGGAGUUGGAGGAGGUGGAAGAGGAGGAAGCAGCAGCAGGUGAGGAGUGUGAGCCUUGGGAUGAGCAGGAAUUGGAGACAUGGAUUCAGUUUCUGGAAAGGGUUUUGAGGGAGAAUAGACGGGAGCAUGAGGAGGGGUCUGAACGAAUGGGAAGCACGGGUGGCGUUGUUACAGGGGAUGAUGAGGCAGGGAUGUCUGCUGGGGUGGUUCGGUUAGGCGAGGAAGAAGAUGGGGAUAUGAUGGAGAGUAGGGAAAGAAGGGCUGACACGGGAGGACGUUCGGGUGAUAUCAAGUCUGACGUGGCUGGUGUUGGGACUGAGGUGGAGAGGAUGAAAGGUGACGUGGAGAGGUUGAAGAAUGCGAUGGCAAGAAAGGCAAGAAUGGAGGAGGGGAGGGAGAGAGACAUCGGUAGCCUGAGAAGGGAGGUGGAGGGUCUGAAAAGUUGCAGUGGUGAAGCAAGUAAGUGCCUCGACGAGCUGAGAGGUGAGAUGAAGGCAGAAAUGGCUGUGUUAGUGGAGCAGAGUGAGAGGAGGGUUUUUGGCAAGUUGGAUGAGUGGAGGCGUGAGAUGGAAGAGGGAAGGGCGGAGGAGGUAGGGAGGAUGAGGGAGUUGAAAGAGGAGGUGGACGCAGGAAAGGCAGAGGUGGUAGGGAGGUUGAGUAAGAUCAACCAUCGGCUGGAUGAGGGGAGGAUGGAGGCACGCGCCAGAGCAGCCAGCGCAGCCAGUGCACUGCAGGAUCGGGAGAGGGUGGAAGGGUUGAGUGUUCGGCUGGGAAGCUUCCAGGAAGUUACCACGAGGGUUGAAGGGGAAAUCCGAGCUCUGUGGGAGUGUUGGGCUGUGAGGGAGGCGUUGUAA